CUGACGUCAUCAGUCUGUGUCAGUAAACGAAAACGUGCGACGGAUCGUCCGCUGAAGUGAGAGUGAUAAACAACAGUUUAAGUUAGACUUAUAUCUAGCGCAAGGUAAAUAUUAGAACAGUAUGGAUGAUGAAGAGGAAACAUACAGACUAUGGAAGAUUCGAAAAACUAUCAUGCAGCUGUGCCAUGAUAGAGGCUACCUAGUGACACAGGACGAGUUGGACCAGACCCUGGAAGAGUUCAAGAGUCAGUUUGGCGACAAGCCCAGCGAAGGUCGCCCCAGACGCACAGACCUCACAGUGCUGGUGGCACACAACGAUGACCCCACCGACCAGAUGUUUGUUUUCUUUCCUGAGGAACCUAAGGUGGGAAUCAAGACAAUUAAGAUGUACUGUCAGAGGAUGCAGGAAGAGAACAUCACACGAGCCAUCAUUGUUGUUCAGAUGGGCAUGACACCCUCAGCCAAACAGUCUCUAGUUGACAUGGCGCCCAAAUACAUAUUGGAGCAGUUUUUACAACAGGAGCUGCUUAUUAACAUCACAGAGCAUGAGCUUGUUCCAGAGCACAAUGUUAUGACAAAAGAGGAAGUGACUGAACUUCUGGCAAGAUAUAAAUUGAAAGAGAGCCAGCUCCCAAGGAUCCAGGCUGGGGACCCUGUGGCUCGCUACUUUGGCUUGAAAAGAGGACAGGUAGUCAAGAUCAUCAGACCUAGUGAAACAGCUGGGAGAUACAUCACAUACAGACUGGUCCAGUAGCAGACAGCUACAUCUAAAGUUUUUAAUAUACUAUGUUAUUCAAGAUCACCAUUCAGAACCAGUGAAGGAAAUUGAAGACGCUACACUUUUCAGUUUACUUACCUAUCGAUUAUCCUUCCUUUUUUGUUUAGAUUUGAAUAUUUUAUGCAAGCUACAGAUUUGUAAAAUAAAUGAUUCAAAAUUAAA